UGAAAAGCCCUAUAUAUAACUCUAUGGUUGCUGGUUGUAGUAGAAUAUAAAAUUAUUCUUUUUUAAUUUUUAAGAAGUGUUUUGAUGAAAAUAGCUUUAUAAAUUUCUGCAUUUUCUUAUAAUCUUGACUUUGUAUAAACGACUGAUGAUUUCAUAAAGAACUUCUUAAGUGACCAUUUAAUAUAUUGAGGGUUAGACAUUGUUGGCGACAUUCAAAAAGUUUUGAAAUUUGCUGCUGCAAUUAUGAUAUUAAUUUUGAUGUGAGGAUUUAGUAGAUGGCAAAAAGUCUUGUAUAAGAAUUUCUCGAGAAUUGAAACCUGUCUUAAAUCUGGUGAAGAGCGUUGAGGAUAAAAAACAAAUACCGUUAAAAUGGAAUUUUGGCGAAAGAGAAAUGGGUUGAAAGGAAAUUUAGUACAUCCUGAUCGACAAAACAAGAAACUAUCUGCUACAGCUCAGCGAAGGAUGUUAAUUGAGGAAAUGUUAGCUGCUAAUGGCUCUUUAUUUUCAGAAACUGAUAAGAAAAUACUGACCUCUCUUGUAGGUGAUCAAAAUCAACCUAAAGAAUGGGUCAAUCCAAUGUUUAAAAAUACCGUUUAUUCUGAUAACGAAUCUCGCGAAGUACAUGGGGAUCUGCCAUGUAAUUUUAAUGAAGAUCGGAACGCAAGAUGGGACCAAUGGGAUGAAUCUGGGGCCGAAAAGCCUGAAACAUCUUUCUUGUCCUCAUUCUCGGACCAGGAUCCACCUGAAAAUCAAAAUCAAAGAAAUCAAUUUCGUGGCGAAACCCAAGGCGUAAAUCUGUUUAACCCUCAAAGAAGUUCUUUUAUACAAGAAAGGAGCCCUGGCCAGGAUCCACCUGAAAAUCGAAAUCAAAGAAAUCAAUUUCGUGGCGAAACCCAAGGCGUAAAUCUGUUUAACCCUCAAAGAAGUUCUUUUAUACAAGAAAGGAACCCUCUUAACAGUGAAAGAAGUUCUUUAGACAACAACCUCUCUGGCCCACAAAGGCGAAGGAUGGUAAUUGAGGAAAUAUUAGCUGCUAAUAGCUCUUCAUUCUCAGAAGCUCACAAGAAAACACUGAACUCGCAUUUUAGUGUUGAAGAUUGUGUAAGAGGUCCUUUUAAAAAUACUGGCUAUUCUGAUAAAGAAUCUCGCGGAGUAUGUGGAGACUUGCCAUAUAAUUUUGACGAAGAAAGAAGAAACCAUGAAGAUCGGAACGCAAAGAACGUUUCUGGGACAUCUUUCUGGUCUAAUAAUCGAAAUGAAAGAAAUCAAUUUCAUCCCGAAACCAGAGAUGUAAGUCCGUUUAACCCUCAAAGAAGUCCUUUAAUAUCAGAAAAGAGUCCUCUAAGUCUUGAAAGAAGUUCUCUAGAGCAAUAUGGAAGCUCGAAUAACCAACAAGCAAAAAAUGUUUCUGGGUCAUCUUUCGGGUCUAAAAGUCGAUUUGAAAGAAAUGAAUUUCGCCCCGAAACCCGAGACGUAAGUCCGGUUAACCCUCAAAGAAAUCCUAUAAUACCAGAAAGGAGUACUCUAAACUUUAAAAGAGGUUCUCUAGAGCAAUAUGGAAGCCCGAAUAACCAAGAAGCAAAAAACGUUUCUGGGUCAUCUUUCUGGCCCGAAAAUCAAUUUGAAAGAAAUCAACUUAGUCCCAAAGCCCGAGACGUAAGUCCGAAAGUUAACCCUCAAAGAAGUCUUUUCAUACCCGAAACGAAUCCUCUAAACCAUGAAAGAAGUUCUCUGGAGCAAUAUGGAAGCUCGAAUAACCAACAACAAAGAAAUCAAUUUCGUUUCGAAACCAGAGAAGUAGGUUUGCUUAACCCUCAAAGAAGUCCUUUUAUACGAGAAAGGAGUCCUCUAAACAGUGAAAGAAAUUCUCUAGAGCAAUAUGGAAGCAAUUCUGGUAACAAUAUUGAGAUACUAGAUUUUAAACCACCACAAGAUAAUUCUGGUAACGGUAUUGCACCUUCAAAGGGUAACAAUUUCGGACCAAUUCCCAGGGGUUGCGUUCGAGUAAAAAUGUGGAUUGGUAAGGGAAUAUCCUUCUCAGAUCCAACGCGUAUUGUGAGGCAACUGUCACAGCAAAAUCCAGGUCUAAGGACGAAACUUUGGACGGUUUUACAUGUUAAGAACAAUCCACAGACGGGCUCUACAUUCCUGGUACAGAUAAAAGAGAGCGAUCUCACUGUUUUACAGAACUUCAACAUGGCACCCUAUAUUCAUAAGAAAAAAACGAAAUUUACAGUUCUACAACCUGGAGAGGAAUUCUAAACUUUUUUUAGAGGAAUUGGAAAAGGUAACUUAACCUCAAACAUGCAGCUCCUCUCAAAUGGAAAUAUGCAGGACACAACAGUAGACAAAGAGACGGAAGAUGGAAUGAAGCGAUAACUCACUGAAGACCUUGGGACUACAAAAGAGGAAGGCGCAGACCACAGACGAGAUGGUCGGAUGACCUAAAAAGAUUCAAAGGGAUCAGAUCCGCCAGAUCGACAACAUUAGCACUGAACCGAGAAGAGUGGAAAAAUAAGGGGGAGGCCUACGUUAAACUUUGGACAGAUGAAGGGCAAUAGAAAGAUAGAACUUAACCUUGUAUAAUCACAUUAUCAGCCUUCACUUUUUUGAUUAUUUGGUAUUAUGUAAUAAAGCUUAAGAUUCAGAUUUAUUUACACUAAAUAUCAAUUAACUUUUCAUUACAAAUUUAGGAAACAUUACAAAAAUAGAAACAAAUUUAAUAAAAACUGAAUAUUCGCAUCCGCAUUCGCGAAUGUCGGUAGCAGAUAUUCGCAUUCGUAUUCGCGAAUGUUCAAAAAAUGACAUUCGUUACAUCACUGGUAGUGAUUAACAAUUUUUUCCGUGCAAAAGUGUUGUAACUUUAAAUUCCUAAUUUUUUUGCAUUAAUAUUAUUUUAUUUAAAUUUAUAUUUUUGGUUAAUGUAAUAUAGGCUGAAAAGCAUGCAAAAUCAUAAUCAAAUGUUAAUUUUUCUUAAAACUUGUGUCCUAUUUCACCGAUAUUAGCACGAAAAUAAACAAAAUCGUCUUUAUCUCGAAACUUACUUAUUUUGACUUACUGCAGUCUUGCACUGAGGGUGCGAUAAUAUAAUGAUUAGUAAUAUAUUAAUUUAAUCAUUAAAGAUAGUCAAUGGCGUGCGUCAUACAGAUUAUAUUUUCAAGUUUAAUUUAUGUCUUACUAAUAUACAUGAUAAAACUCGAGCUAAAAUAAGUUUUUUCAAGCGUUUAAGCCUUAAGCUAUACAUAUAUGUACAAGAACUGUAAGAAAUUUUAUUAAAGUUACUAACGAAGAAAAACAAACAGAUCGCUUCGUAGCGGCAAUUAAGAGGGGUAACUUUAGACAUGGCCUGUUCUGUUGGGCCAUAACAGAGGGUCACUUUAAAUUGUCGGCCCGAGUGAGGAAAGAAUUUGGUAAGAUACUGGGUCAAAUGUAAAUACCAGGUAAAUUCAGAACCAAGUACUAACUUACUAGCAACAACAUUUAUUACAGGAGUGAAAUGGAAAGAAUAAGCUAAAGUUAGCCCAACUCAGCGAGCUUUAAUAUAUUACUUCAGACACAUAUUUGCUGUUUAUUUAGCGUUUGCCUCUAAAUCCCCGCCUUUGAAAUCAAUAGACAAUGAUGUGUUGUUACCAUAUCAAUUUCUAAAAGUUAAAGUUGAUAAAAAAUUUACAUACCUAAAUUGUAUUUGCCUAGUGAUAAAAAUAGUGUUUUUCAAACUAAGCAAUACCUUAAGGCUUAAGGAUUACAAUAAAACGAACAUAUAUAGUCGUACCCAAUUUAUUUUGCAAACAUGAAGUUGGUCAAGAGCAAUCAAACAAUUACACAGUUUAAAAAAAUUCCUCUAAUACAAAGUAUAACAAUACUUGAAUAUAUGCUACACAGGGUGUUAUAACAGAAAAAAAUAAUAAGCAGUAGAAUAUGAUCGCCAUUUACAAUUAAAAGAAAAUAUGAUUGAUUUAAAAAAUUAUGGCCUUCUAUGGAAAGUUUUUGUUAUCAUUGGGUUUGAAAGUGUUUUCACUCACUAAUAUCCUUGUAGUGUAGAGCACCAAUUCAAGUUAAACUUGUUAUAGAUUUUUGUGUUUGUUAUUGUUUUGUAUUUUUUUAUGACUCUGUAAGCAUUGUCUAUAAAAUUGUACAAUUUUCCAUGACAAUAAAGCAUAUUUCUAUUCUU